AUGUCUGGUCGUGGCAAACAAGGAGGCAAGGCCCGCGCCAAGGCCAAGUCGCGCUCGUCCCGCGCUGGCCUCCAGUUCCCGGUAGGGCGAGUGCACCGCUUGCUGCGCAAAGGCAACUACGCGGAGCGGGUGGGGGCCGGCGCGCCCGUCUACAUGGCGGCGGUCCUCGAGUACCUGACCGCCGAGAUCCUGGAGCUGGCGGGCAACGCGGCUCGGGACAACAAGAAGACGCGCAUCAUCCCUCGUCACCUCCAGCUGGCCAUCCGCAACGACGAGGAACUGAACAAGCUGCUGGGUAAAGUCACCAUCGCCCAGGGCGGCGUUUUGCCUAACAUCCAGGCCGUUCUGUUACCAAAGAAAACCGAAAGCCACAAAGCCAAAAGCAAAUAAAUGCAGACAAACAAAGACCAAAGGCUCUUUUUAGAGCCACCCAAGUUUUCAAAAAAAGAGCUAAUGCGCUAUUUUGUGAUCAGCCCUUCAUUUGACACUUUGGUGGCUCUUAAAAGAGCCUUUGGGGUGAAUGAGUGUAUGGUGUCAAACCUCUUAAUUACUUGUUCUUGCCAGGCUUGUGACUCUCCGUUUUCUUGGGCAACAGGACAGCCUGGAUAUUGGGCAAGACGCCGCCCUGGGCAAUGGUGACACCCCCGAGUAACUUGUUGAGCUCUUCGUCAUUCCUCACGGCUAGUUGUAGAUGGCGAGGGAUGAUGCGCGUCUUCUUGUUGUCCCGAGCCGCGUUGCCCGCCAACUCCAGAAUUUCCGCGGUCAGGUACUCGAGGACCGCCGCCAGGUAUACCGGGGCGCCUGCCCCGACCCGCUCCGCGUAGUUGCCUUUGCGCAGCAAGCGGUGCACUCGCCCCACCGGGAACUGGAGGCCAGCGCGGGACGAGCGCGACUUGGCCUUAGCGCGGGCCUUGCCUCCCUGCUUUCCGCGUCCUGACAUAACGGCUAAAAUUGCAGUUACAGCUUCUUUUACAAGGAGAAGAAUGUGGAAAGAAUAACCAAUUUGAUGUAAUUUAUAAGAGCUACCGGGAGGGGUGAAGGGAAGUCGUUUGAUUGGCUAAAAGCGGAGCCGUAUCUAACAGCCAAUAGAAAAGCAGAAAGCCGCCUCUUGGUUUGCGUCCUGCACUGAAAGGAAAUGACGGAUUUUACUUUCUGACCACCUUACCAGUGGGGAGAAUCCGAGACUACAGUUCCCAUGAUCCCUCAGGGCACCACGUGGUGCCUGCCCGUCCUACCAACGCUCAGCGAGGACUCCAUUUCCCAGCGUGCCUCAGGAAGGGCGCCAGGACUGCAUUUUGCUCCGGAGCGUCCAGAGUCCUGUCCCUGAGCGGGAAUCGCAGUGGCCGAGGCUGAGCGGCAGGGCAGCGCGGGAUCCGGGGCCAUCGGUCCGGUGGAGGCCGCCAUUCGCACGAAGUUGGAGGAGGCCCUGAGCCCCGAGGUGCUAGAGCUUCGCAACGAGAGCGGUGGCCACGCGGUCCCGCCUGGCAGUGAGACUCACUUCCGCGUGGCUGUGGUGAGCUCUCGUUUCGAGGGACUGAGCCCCCUACAACGACACCGGCUGGUCCACGCAGCGCUGGCCGAGGAGCUGGCAGGUCCGGUCCAUGCGCUGGCCAUCCAGGCACGGACCCCCGCCCAGUGGAGAGAGAACUCUCAGCUGGACACUAGCCCCCCAUGCCUGGGUGGGAACAAGAAAACUCUAGGAACCCCCUGAACCCCAAGAGAGGGAGGACCAGGAUCCGAAUGGGCUGGGUGAGCACGAAUUACUGAGGCCUUCCCUUUGAUACAGUCCAGGAUUUGUAAGGGAUGAAGACCCCUGGGCCCCAUUCUGUUGGGGUCCAUACAUACUCUCCGAAGAUAGCAACUUGCUUCAGGUCAAAGUGAACCCGAGAAAAGAGAAGAAUCACUCACUAUUGCUCUUGCCCUGGACUAUUCAGGAAGGGCAGCCCGGAUGUUCCAUGUUAAAUCGUGACAGAACUGCACCAGACCUGAUGAGUUGGAAACAAUCCUAUACAUUAAAAGAAAUUACACUAUGA